AUGGGAAGGAAGGUGAUUGAUCGUAUAUACAGCAGUAUUCAUGGCUUCACCCCAAAAUGCUUUUGGGACAGAAGAGGAAAGAAGCAAGGGCCUGGUUGUUCGUCCAUUGGGUACGGAGAGGCAGAGGAGCUUGGGCCAUUCUUAACGCAAAAAGGUUGGCCGGAGAUAAAACUCAACAAGUAUUCCUGGAACAAAGAGGCCAAUUUGCUAUUUCUGGAGGCCCCAGUUGGUGUGGGGUUCUCUUAUACAAAUACGAGCUCUGAUUUGCAGAACCUUGGAGAUAAGAUUACUGCUAUCGACUCGUACAACUUCCUUGUGAAUUGGUUUAAGAGAUUCCCACAGUUCAAGUCUCAUGACUUCUACAUUACUGGAGAAAGUUAUGCAGGGCAUUAUGUUCCUCAACUUGCUGAGAAAAUCAUAGAUGAAAACAAAAAAGCAUCAGAGGAUGAUUAUAUAAAUCUCAAAGGAUUCAUGAUAGGAAAUGCCGCAAUAGACGACGACUCCGAUCAGUGGGGGAUGAUCGACUAUGCCUGGGACCAUGCAGUCAUUUCUGAUCAACUGUACGAGAAAGUGAAGAAGAGCUGUAAUUUCAGCGACCAGAAUGUUAGCCUGGCUUGCAAUAAUGCAUUGGACGAAUACUUUGCUGUUUAUAAGAUCAUCGACAUGUAUAGCUUGUAUGUUCCUGUUUGUGUUAACCAGAACACUUAUGCCACCUCUAAAAAACACUUCAACGUCGUAGGCUCUGCUUCUAAGCACUUCUCCAAAUAUAGAGCGUGGCAUCAGAAGCCGUCCGGCUACGAUCCCUGCCAGUCAGAGUAUACUGAGGUAUACUUUAAUCGUCCAGAGGUCCAGAAAGCCUUGCAUGCCAACGUUACAGGUAUUGGGUACCCCUGGACUCAUUGCAGUGAUGCGAUCAACGAUUGGAAUGAUGCGCCAGCAUCUGUGCUCCCCAUCCUGCGUAAACUCAUCAAUGCUGGCCUUAGAGUGUGGGUUUACAGUGGUGAUACUGAUGGAAGAGUUCCAGUCACGUCGACAAGGUACGCAUUGAACAAGCUUGGCCUCAAAACUGUUCAGGAAUGGUCACCAUGGUACCAUCAUAAACAGGUUGGUGGGUGGACAAUCAUCUACGAGGGACUUGCGUUUGUUACAAUCCGUGGCGCUGGACACCAAGUUCCAACAUUUACUCCUGGCCAAGCUCUACAGCUUCUCGCACACUUCUUGGCUAACCAGGAUUUGCCUUCUACAGCAUUCUAG